CUUGACCACGAGCCUCUUCAAAGUCUCCUCAUUAUGCCUGCUCAACAGUUUGAUACGCCUCCUGUCCUCAUAGCUGGCGCAGGCCCAGCAGGACUCAUCGCGGCCCUCGUUCUACUCCGCAACGGUGUGCCAGUCCGGCUCAUCGAGAAGAAUGACUUCCUCCACCCUGGCUCUCGGGGAUGUGGCAUCCAACCCCGUACGAUGGAACUUCUUCACCAACUUGGAGCCACAGAUCUCGUCCGGGCUCUUUACCCGCUUGGCAGCAACCGUUCCUACCGGUUCGGCACUCUCGAUAUCGUGAGAGAUGAGCCGUUCGUCGAGCUCAAAACCAGCACAGUUCAUCUUCCAUACCCCAACCCACUCAUGAUCGGCCAGUGCGGCUUCGAGGGCUACAUCCGGAGUCAUCUCGCCAAGUACGGCUGUGAGCCUGAGCUGGGCACGGAGUUGACCACGUUCGAGCAAGACGAAAACGGGGUCACUGCCCAUCUCUCCAAGAAUGAUGGCAAUAAGGAGACCGUGCACGUCCAAUACCUUAUCGGCACUGAUGGGGCGCGAGGUGCUACACGCAAGGGUCUUGGACUCUCUUUUACUGGAAAUACGCCUGACACGUUCCGGAUGCUCGUUGGCGACGUGCGAAUGACCUGCGACAAGCUCGAUUACAACCACUGGCAUCGAUUUGGCGAUUUCAAGUCAAAGACCGUCAUGCUGCGUCCCAUGCGCGAAGUCGGUGUUGACAACGAUGGAUGGGCGUUAAUGAUCGGAGGUCCCGAGAUCGACAUCGACAAGCUGCUCGACCCGGAAGGAAGCAAAGAGGUCAUCUUCGCCGUGAUUCAGGAGGCCGUGCCGGCCGAGAUACAGUUCAAGGAACUCGUUUGGAAAGGCCAAUGGAAGCCGAACAUGCGCAUGGUUGACAAGUUCGGAGUCGGGAGGGUGUUCGUUGCUGGUGACGCUGCGCACGUUCAUAGCCCCACCGGUGGCCAAGGCCUCAACUCCAGUGUGCAAGACGCUAUCAACCUUUCUUGGAAACUCGCGCUCGUCCUCAAGAACCUAUCACCGCCCUCCCUUCUCGACUCGUACAGCGCAGAGCGCCUCCCCGUCAUCGCCGAGAUGCUAAACAUCACCACCGAGUUGUUUAAGAAGACAGCAUCCGGCGCGGACGACGCGUGGAAGCGCGAGGACCGCCUACGCAUGCUCGGCGUCAACUACCGCCGGUCGCCGAUCGUACUCGAGGAGCGCAGCACGGGUCUGGAUUCGGAGUCCAUGGCAGCGUAUGGGGAUGCGGUAGAGGGAACGACACCUGUUGCGGGUGAUCGGGCACCGGAUGCGGCUAGACUGGUGGACGCAGAGGGAAAGGAGUAUACGUUUUUCGAUCUGUUCAGGGUGACGCACCACUCGGUGCUCAUUUUCGCGUCCGAUGUCAACUCUGCGAAGUCUAUCCUUGAUUCGCUGCAGAAGCACUCGGAGGACGCCAUUCGUCCCAUCGUCGUUCUGCCCCAGGGCGCCUCAGGUGGUUCGGGCGGUGCUCUCGCGCUCGUCGAUCGAGACGGUCACGCGUACUCCGGUUACAAGGCUACUGAGGGUGAGACAGUAGUCGUUAUUCUCCGCCCUGAUGGCUUUGUCGGUGCAGUCGUCAACGACGUCGAAGGAGUGGGGAGAUAUCUUCAGAAAGUUUUCUUCUAG